ACCUUGGCCACAGUGGAUUGGGAGACAACUAUGAGAAUACUCACUGGGGACAGCAGCCCACUUUCCGAAGUGAACCCAGUUGCAGCUGGGAUAAAGUGAUAAUAGACAGGACUGACAAGGAAGCGUGGCCUUCCAUUACAGGAACUGAGACUGAGUCUGCCUCAGAAUGUACUACAGACACUGACUCUGCCUCCAACUGUGGCUCUGAGAAUAGUAGCAUGGCUACAGGGAGUGCCCAAGGCAACUUCACUGGACAUACAAAGAAACCCAAUGGCAAUAAUGGCACCAAUGGAGCACUCAUCCAAAGCACUUCUAACCAGAGUGCCCUUGGAGCUGGGGGAGCAAAUGGUAAUGGAAACUCCACCAGAGUAUGGGGUGUUGCCACCAAUUCUAACUCUGGCUUAGCUCACUGCUCUGCCAGUGGUGGGGAUGGAAAGAUGGACAACAUGAUUGGAGAUGGUCGAAGUCAGAAUUGCUGGGGUGCUUCCAACUCAAAUGCUGGCAUUAAUCUUAACCUUAACCCCAAUGCCAAUCCAGCUGCCUGGCCUGUACUUGGACAUGAGGGAACUGUGGGAGCAGGCAACCCUUCCAGUAUUUGCAGUCCAGUCAGUGCCAUAGGUCAGAACAUGGGCAACCAGAAUGGGAACCCAGCAGGCACCUUAGGUGCUUGGGGAAACUUGUUGCCACAAGAGAGCACAGAACCACAAACGUCCACUUCUCAGAAUGUGUCUUUCAGCGUACAACCUCAGAACCUUAACACUGAUGGACCAAAUAACACUAACCCCAUGAACUCUUCACCAAACCCUAUCAAUGCAAUGCAGACAAAUGGACUGCCAAACUGGGGCAUGGCUGUUGGCAUGGGGGCCAUCAUCCCACCCCAUUUGCAAAGCCUUCCUGGUGCUAAUGGGACAUCAGUUUCUCAAGUCAGUGGGGGUGGUGGUGAAGGAAUGGGCAAUUCAGUGUGGGGAAUAUCCCCAAAUAAUCCUGCCACAGGAAACAGCAAUUCUGGGUUCAGUCAGGGGAAUGGAGACACUGUGAACUCAGCAUUAAGUGCUAAGCAAAAUGGAUCCAGCAAUGCUGUGCAAAAGGAAGGGAAUGGAACAAGUGCGUGGGAUUCUGCCAGUCCUGGAGUCUUAGCAUGGGGCAGGGGCAAUGGCAACAAUAGCGUUGGUAGUAUGCAUUCUGGUGCUUGGGGACAUUCAAACCGCAGCGCUAGCAAUGGUAUUAAUGGUGAAUGGAGCAAACCCCCAAACCAGCAUUCCAGUAAUGACAUCAGUGGAAAAGGAUCAACAGGGUGGGAUAGCUCUAGUGUUACCAACCAGAAUCCUGCCAUGCAGCAGGGCAAUGAUCAAAUAAACUCUUGGGCCAAAGCUGCAGCAACUGGCAACACAGGUAGUGAAGGAAGUAAUGAUAGCAAUGGAAGUCAAAAUGAAGGCGGUACUGGAAGAGAAGGCCCUGGAGAGUGUCGAAGAAGAGACAAGGGAAUAAUAGACCAAGGACAAGUCCAACUGCCAAGGAAUGACCUUGAUCCAAGGGUUCUUUCCAACACUGGAUGGGGACAGACGCCUGUAAAACAAAACAUUGCCUGGGAAUUUGAAGAAUCUCCAAGGUCUGAACGAAAGAACGACAAUGGAACUGAGGCCUGGGGUUGUGCAGCUACUCAGCCUUCAAAUGCAGGGGGCAAGAAUGAUGGGUCCAUCAUGAACAGUACAAAUACCUCUUCAGUAUCUGGGUGGGUCAGCUCUCCACCUGCAUCUGUUCCAACUAAUACAGGUUGGGGAGAUAACAAUAACAAAGCGCCAAACGGCCCUGGGGGAUGGGGAGAGCUAACAAAUUCAACUGCUGUCAAUAAUGCUGCUGCUGCCAAAAGUGGCCACACUUGGAGUGGGACCACAAAUCAGGAGGACAAGUCGCCUACUUGGGGGGAACCUCAGAAACCCAAAUCUCAAAACUGGGGAGAGGGACAGAAAUCAAAUCCAGGCUGGACUUCAAGUGGUGGAGAUUGGGUUGAUUCCUCAUCUAUCCCUGGACACUUGGGAGAUGGGAAAAAGAAUGGUUCUGGAUGGGAUGCUGACAACAGAUCAGGGUCUGGUUGGAAUGACACUACACGUUCUGGGACCAGUGGAUGGGGAAAUGGCACAAAUAGCAAAGUUAAUACAGGUACAAGCUGGGGGGAAUCUUUAAAAUCUGGUCCCCAACAAAAUUGGGCUUCUAAAUCCCAGGACAACAAUGUGAGUAAUUGGGGAGGAGCUGCUUCUGUUAAACAGACUGGAUCAGGAUGGGUUGGUGGACCACUCCCAGCCAAACAGAAAGAUAACAGUGACGCAACUGGGUGGGAAGAGCCCUCUCCACCCUCCAUUCGGCGCAAGAUGGAGAUAGAUGAUGGUACCUCAGCUUGGGGUGAUCCAAAUUACAAUAACAACAAGACUGUAAAUAUGUGGGACAGAAACAAUUCUGUAAUCCAGAGCAGUACCACAGCUACCACCACUACCACCACUAUCAACGCAAACAUGGCUGAACCUCAGCCACCGCACCAGUCAAGUGCCCAGUCAAACCGGUCCCCUCUGCUUGGCCCAGCAGGUUGGGGAGAGAUGCCUGCUGUCCAUGCAAAGCCUGAAGCUUCAUGGGGAGAACCUUCCUCCCCUUCUGCUGCAGUUGAUAAUGGCACGUCAGCCUGGGGGAAGCCCCCUAGCAGUGGUACAGGGUGGGGAGAUAACUCUGCUGAGUCAGCAGGGACAUAUGGAAGAGUGAGCGCACCAGCUGCUGCCCCAGCACUGUGCAAACCAGCUUCUAAAUCUUCUAUGCAAGAAGGCUGGGGCAGUGGUGGAGAUGAAGUAAAUCUCAGUACAAGUCAGUGGGAAGAUGAAGAAGGAGAUAUGUGGAAUAAUACUGCUUCACAAGAGAGCAAUUCCUCUUGUAGCUCCUGGGGGAAUGCCCCUAAGAAAGGACUUCAGAAGGGCAUGAAGACACCUAGUAAGCAAGAUGAGGCCUGGAUCAUGAAUCGUCUGAUAAAACAGCUUACAGACAUGGGCUUCCCAAGAGAGCCAGCAGAAGAGGCCUUAAAGAGUAACAGUAUGAAUCUAGAUCAGGCCAUGAGUGCUCUGCUGGAAAAGAAGGUGGAAAUGGACAAGCGUGGAAUGGGAGUAGCUGACUACAAUGGAAUGGUCAACAAACCCCUUGGCUGCCGCCCACCACCGAUCUCCAAAGAGUCUUCCAUGGACCGCCCCACCUUCCUUGACAAGGAUGGCGGCCUAGUGGAAGAGCCCACUACUUCACCAUUUUUGCCUUCACCAAGCCUGAAGCUCCCCCUUUCAAACAGUGCACUCCCUAAUCAGACCCUGGGUGGGAUUGCCUCAGGGCUGGGCAUGCAAAACUUGAAUUCUUCUAGACAGAUACCGAGUGGCAAUCUAGGUAUGUUUGGCAAUAGCGGAGCAGCACAAGCCAGGACCAUGCAACAGCCGCAGCAACCGCCAGUGCAACCUCUUAACUCAUCCCAGCCUAGUCUUCGUGCUCAAGUGCCUCAGUUUCUCUCCCCUCAGGUUCAAGCACAGCUUUUGCAGUUUGCAGCAAAAAACAUUGGUCUCAAUCCUGCACUAUUAACCUCGCCAAUUAAUCCUCAGCAUAUGACGAUGUUGAACCAGCUCUAUCAGCUGCAGCUGGCAUACCAACGUUUACAAAUCCAGCAGCAGAUGUUACAGGCUCAGCGUAAUGUUUCCGGACCCAUCAGACAACAGGAGCAGCAAGUUGCACGUACAAUCAAUAACAUGCAGCAGCAAAUUCAGCAGCACCAGCGCCAGCUGGCCCAGGCCCUGCUUAUGAAGCAGCAGCCACCCCCUCCACACCUAUCUUUGCACCCCUCUGCAGGCAAAUCAGCCAUGGAUAACUUUUCACCCCACCCCCAAGCUCCUGGCCUAUCUGACCUGCAGACCAAAGAGCAACAGUCUUCACCGAACACCUUUGCUCCUUACCCCCUUGCUGGAUUGAACCCAAACAUGAAUGUAAACAGUAUGGACAUUCCUGGUGGUUUGUCAGUGAAGGAUACUUCUCAGUCCCAGUCUCGCCUUCCUCAGUGGACACACCCCAAUUCAAUGGAUAAUCUUUCCAGUGCUGCUUCUCCACUUGACCAGAACCCUAGCAAGCAUGGUGCUAUCCCUGGAGGUCUGAGUAUUGGCCCUCCAGGAAAGUCCUCCAUUGAUGAUUCUUAUGGCCGGUAUGAUCUUAUUCAAAAUAGUGAAUCACCAGCCAGUCCUGUAGCUGUUCCUCAUAGCUGGUCACGUGCCAAAUCUGAUAGUGAUAAAAUCUCCAAUGGCUCCAGCAUCAAUUGGCCACCAGAAUUUCAUCCUGGAGUACCAUGGAAAGGAUUACAAAAUAUUGACCCUGAAAAUGAUCCUGAUGUUACCCCUGGAAGUGUUCCUACAGGUCCUACAAUUAACACCACUAUACAGGAUGUCAAUCGCUACUUACUCAAGAGUGGAGGGUCAUCCCCAACAUCAUCUCAGAAUGCCACGCUGCCUUCAUCGAGUGCCUGGCCACUUAGUGCCUCCGGCUACAGUAGCUCUUUCAGCAGCAUUGCAGGUAAAUUGUCAGACAUCAAAUCAACCUGGUCUUCUGGUCCAAUUUCUCACACACAAGCCUCUUUGUCACAUGAACUCUGGAAGGUUCCCAGGAACACUACAGCUCCUACAAGGCCACCUCCAGGCUUAACGAACACCAAGCCAUCGUCUACCUGGGGUGCCAGCCCAUUGGGUUGGACCAGCUCUUACUCCUCUGGCUCAGCCUGGAGUACUGACACCUCAGGAAGAACAAGUAGCUGGCUAGUUCUCCGUAACCUCACUCCCCAGAUUGAUGGCUCGACACUGCGUACUCUAUGCUUGCAACAUGGUCCUCUUAUUACAUUCCAUCUGAACCUGACUCAAGGGAAUGCUGUGGUCCGAUACAGUUCCAAGGAGGAAGCAGCCAAGGCUCAGAAGUCUCUGCACAUGUGCGUUUUGGGGAACACUACCAUCUUGGCUGAGUUUGCUGGAGAAGAGGAAGUGAACCGUUUUUUAGCACAAGGCCAGCCACUGCCCCCCACUUCCAGUUGGCAGCCCAACACUGGAACCACUCAGACACGUUUGGGCUCCACAAGCAGUUCUCAUGGAAUGGUGCGCAACGAUGCAGGCCACUGGAAUACCCCCUGCCUUGGUGGGAAAGGGAGCAGUGAUCUGCUCUGGGGUGGGGUCCCUCAGUAUUCAAGCAGCCUUUGGGGACCUCCCAGCACCGAUGAUGGCAGGGUUAUCGGAAGCCCAACGCCUUUGAAUACUCUGCUCCCAGGGGAUCUUCUCAGCGGAGAAUCCAUCUAGGAUGCCAGAAAAACAAAAUGGAAGUAACAAUCAUCAGCACUAAAGGAAAAAAAAAAAAAACAACCAGUAACCCUUUCCAGUCCAGGGCAGCACGAAGGAUCCAGCUUUAAUAGAUCAGACUGGCAGCCCUUUUUUUAGUACCUCUGUCUAAUCUUGACUAUGAAACUCUGCGGGAGUCCCUUGUGAACUGUUUGCGUUAACAGUAUGGGCUCCCUUUGGUCAGUGUCAUGUGCUAAUGAUAGAUUUUUGUGUGGAUUUUUUUUUCCAAACGGCUUUUUAAUUUUAUUUUUAUGUUUGUAUGGUGUUUUUAAAGACGUAUACAAGCUGCUUAGACUAGUUCUAUCAUGAAGGGCACUUUUCAGAAUUUGGGCUGGAAAGGGUUAUUUUAUCAACUUGGGGAAGUUGGGGUUGGGAUGAAGGGGAGGUGAGAAAGCCUAUUUAAAAUGAGCCUGUGAUAAUUAUGCACAUUACCAGAGGCGGAUCCAGUAAUCAGUGGGGGUGG